GUUCAUUUUCCGGGGGACCACAGAGCCGAUCAUGGCGACUCUCGGCGGCAGUCGUGGGGAUCGUCUCGGCAACUCAAGUAACCAAAAGUCUUCUAUCGCUUCUCCGGAGAAAGUUCGUGAACUUCUUAAUGAGGGGGUCUCGUCGACAGACGUCAGCGUAAACAGUGGACAAGGAGAUCUGAACAAUCUGGAUGUGCAAAACAACACUCGAGCGCCUUGUGAGGCAACAGACAAAGAAGAUUUUUUCUCUAGAGUGGAAUCUUAUUCAUGUUUGAAAUGGGCAGGGAAGCCCCGGGCGCUGUCCCCUCUCAUGUGUGCCAGAUAUGGCUGGAUCAACAUUGGCUGCGACAUGCUCAAAUGCUCCAGCUGCCAGGCUUUUCUUUGUGCAUCAUUACAGCCUGCUCUAGACUAUGUGAAAUAUGAAUCACGCAUUGCAGAGAUAUCAAAGCAGCUUCAGACACAGCAUGAGAAAUUUUGUCCUUGGCCUGACUUUCCUUGCCCAGAGCGGUUUUGGUUGGUUCCUGCCUGUGAACCGUCAGCACUUCUCGCUGCCUUUUUAGAGCGUUUCCAGCGCACCUGUCUUAUUUCACAGCAGCUGCCAGCCAUGAAGCCAGAGCAGCUGAAAUCUAUGUCCUUGACUGAGGAUAUAAUAAGUAUUAUACUGCAGCUGAUUGAGGAGGAACAAAAAAAAGGGGGAACUCCUGUAUGUUCUGAACCUUUGGCUGUGCAAGUGGCUGCAUGCAUUGUGUCUCUCUGUGGCUGGGAUGCAAGCCCAGUUCUGCACACCAUGAACCUGCCCAUCCUCAGCUGUUCAUACUGUAAGCGAAAAGUGGGCUUGUGGAACUUCCACCAGAUGGAAGGAAUGGCUGGCGAAGGAGAUGCUAUACCGAACACUGUAGGCCAGUCUACUCAAGCAACAGCUCCUGCCUCCUCAGCCACAACGGAAGGGCAGGGAGACAAUUCUAUGUCUGCCUCACCCUCCCCUGCUACAACUCCAUGCCGCAUGAAGCUAAGAAGUCAGGACAACACCCGUUCUGACCAGGGUGAAGGAACUUAUUCUCUCGUAGCCUUGCGUGCUCGAAGCAGCCCCAGUGAUGAGCUGCUGAGUCCUUUUACGAGGGGCAAGAGGCCUGCAACUCGCAGCAGAGGACAAGGAGACACCUCUGGGUCUGACGGGGCUGCCGGCCUGCAACACCCUCCCAAACGCCUGUGUCUCUCAGCAGCUGGUCCUGAUGGGCUCCUGCACAAGAAUCCAUUUGACCCCCUUGCUCAGCAUAGAGAUUGGUGUCCGUGGAUUUCUAUGGGAAAAGAGAACGCAGACCCAGGGACGAUUCCCUUUUUGGAUGGAGGCUCAGGACUGCAUCAGCAAGGCUGGAAGGCUGCUCUCGAUGUACUCAUCGCCAUGAAAAAAAACCCCAAUACAGUGGAAGGCAGCACUGCACAGGACCCUCGUGACAAGUCUAAAAGGGUGUUUGCUAUAUUUCGUCAGUGGCAGGUAUCUUCCUCCUCAUCUCAGUAAAUCAGUAAAGUGUUUUCACCCAAACAGCAUUGCAACACAGAACAGAUGAACUGACCUGUUCUUUCCUUGUGGUACUGAAUCUCUAGUGCCAGAGGGCCGUGGUGUCAUAUAAAUCAAUGUCUGUCGUCGCUUACAGUCGCGUUUACAGUGUUUCUAUAGAGAAAGGGAUUUGAUUGCAUUUUUAAGCAAUUGAGUGUCUUCUCCAUAAAAAGUGAAAUGUGAAUGAUUCAUGUGUGGAUUUAAACUGUUGAAAUGUGCUAUAUAAAAUUCAGAAUGAGCAUCUAUUGAGGGGUUUAUUAGCCUUGGAUCCUAAUACUUACAUAGUUAUCAAGCAAUACAAUACGUCUCAGUAUAUACUGUAAACUGAUCAUAAGCCAAGCAUCCUCUGUUGGCUUCACAUGAAGUCUGCUUCCAUAGUCCUUCAAAGAUUCUUUGCUCAUGAGAAAAGCCCAAAUGGCUCGACACUGGAAACGCUGUUUACUUUUGUUGUAUAUUGAGUAUUGAGUCAUAUGUGGGAGCGGUAAACAUUAACCUCUGAUCGGCAGAGAACUGUGAGAAGAGCCAUUGUGUUUGUGUGCUUGAAAGCAGUGUGGAUAUAAGUUCUCCGUUUAUGACUAGUAGUCGGAGCUAUAACUGACUUUUUCGAAGACAAUUGAAACCAUGUGCCAUGGUCUUUAAAGCAGUUUUAAGUUUGAUUCAGCUUGCUUAUCUUAGUCUUUGCUUUUCUUAAACUACUCAUUCUUAAUGCAGUCCUCAAUGUCCAGCAUGUGCUUUUGUCUUUAUAGAAUUUCAUACAGUGGUUUAAUAAAAUACUCUUUUUUUUAAAAAAAAAAAAGAUUUUUCACCUUGUAUGUCAUUUCUUUGAUGUUUUUCACUUGGAGUUAAAGCAGAAUAAACACCCCAAUUACA